AAUGCAAAGUUCAUUUGAAAUUCCAUUAAAAGUAUAACCCUUUGUUUAUUCUUUUUUGCUCGGAAAUUCGAGUGCUACAAAUAUGAACGUUCUCUAAUUGUUUUCUGAACAUUUAGCGAUUUAGGUUUUGACUAAACAUUUAUUGACCAUUAUGUCUUGGUUAAAUUCUUUAAAAGAAUUUUUCACCCCCGAUAAAAAUCCCAAUAAAGUUAUUGAAGUAAAAUCGGAAAAAUACUCUAAUCGUAAUGUUCACUGUCGUCACGAUCCGAUUAUUUUGUAUGCAGUAGAUAGUAAUAAUGUUAGUGAAAUUGUCUUGCAUUUGUCUCGUGCAGAGAGCUUAACUACUUCUUACAGCUUAUAUAGAGGAUCGAGUAUAGAAGAUUCAGAAAUAAGAUUUUGUAUACUUAAAGACAAAUUGCCAAAGAUUCUGAGUAUAUCCAAAGAUUGUUAUUGCUUGUCUGUGAUACAAAAUUUAUGUGAUACUCUUAUCGAACAUCCAACAUGGAAUAUUGCUCAUUUGGUUGUGAGGUUGGGAAUGCUAGACAUUUUAUCCAAUCCAAAUGUUGUGAUGUACUUAAAUACACCUGAUGUCGAAAGUGGUAUAUCAUCAUUACAAUUGGCCAUUUAUGAUAAUUCAUUACCUGUUGUCAAAGCAUUAAUUUCUUUGGAUGUUUCUUUGGACCACUUGGAUAAUGAAGCCAAUUCAGUUUUUCAUUAUGCUGCAAAAUCUAGUAGUGAUAUAAUUUUGAUUUUAUCUAAAGUGAGCACAAAAUGCUUGAAUUAUCUUAACAUAAAUGGAUUUACUCCUCUUCACUUGGCGUGUCAGGCGGAUAAACCAGAAUGUGUUAAAGAAUUGUUAGUUUGUGGGGCUGAUGUAAAUAUUCCAGCUGGAGUUCCUGUUACUAAUGUAACCGAAAAUAAAUUACCUGGAAUUGUCAAAGAAUAUCUUCAAGAUAAUCAUAAAAAAUUAUUUGUUGAAGAUAUGAAAUUUGGUGGAACUCCCUUACAUUGGUCAAGUUCUCGUGAAGUAAUCGACAGUUUAAUUGCCAAUAAUUGUGAUAUAAAUGCAUUGAAUUUUGAUAAGCGCACUGCUCUUCACAUAAUGGUUUUGAGAAAUAGAUUUGAUUGUGUUAUGGGACUGUUAUGCAAUGGAGCUAAUGUAAAUAUACCUGACCAAGAAGGUAAUACACCACUUCAUUUGGCGGUCAAAAGCAAUUUGGUACCAGUAAUUCAUGCUCUUAUUGCAUUUGAAGCAGAUAUUGAUUAUAUAAAUAAUAAAGGUAUGUCUUCAAGACAUAUUGCUGCUACUAAUAAUGGUCCAGACAAAAUUUCUGAAAAAAUUGUCUAUAUCUUACAUGCAGUUGGUGCAAAACGGUGUCAAAAUAUUUUAUUGGAUACGGAAUGUACAAAUGGAUGUGCUUGGGACAAAGAAUACAAUGGUUUACCACCUCAAAGACCUAUAUCAAUGCCGGUUAGAUGUAUUGACAGCUUAUGA